AAUCUAAACAUUCCCCCAAAUUUCUCAUUUCCCCCUCCUCUCUUCGACUUCUUUCUCUCUCCUCUUCUUCAACAAAAAUUCAAAAAAGUUCAUCAAUCAAAAUCCCCAAUCCCAAAAUCGCUAACCCUAAAACCCCCAAAACAAUGGACAAAUCAACGCUAGCCUCCAUUGGAGAACGCCUGAAAGCAGGGGGAACACAAAUGGGAAGAACAAUAUCCCUAAAAGUGAAGGAAAUGAAGGACCUUCUUCAAACUCCAACUCCUGAAUCACGAAUCGUUGAUCAAUCCACUUCCCCGACGCUUGAAUCGCCCGAUUGGGGCCUUAAUUUGAGAAUUUGCUCGUUACUUAACGCCGAGGAGCUGAACGGCGCUGAGAUUAUGAAGGCGAUUAAGAAGAAGAUUAACAAUAGCGGAAACGGCGAUGCGAAGACGUUGAGGUUGGCAUUGGAGCUUCUAGAAGCUUGUGCGAUGAAUUGCGAGAAGGUAUUCUCGGAGAUUGCGUCGGAGAAAGUGGUGGAAGAUAUGGUGGCUAAGCUCAUUGAGAAUCCUCAGGCUGAUCGCGAAUGUCAAGUUAGAGCUAUGGAGUUGAUUAGGGCUUGGGGCGAGACCGAGGAGUUGAGUUAUUUGCCAGUUUUUCGCCAAACUUAUGAGAACUUGCAAAGGAGGAGUAUGUCUUCUCAGGUCGAAGAUGGAGGAUUUCUACCCGUGCAUUAUUCUUUGGAAUCAUUAAUUGACGAGCAUGCAGUCUCGCCACCUGAAAGCUAUCCAAUUCCUGGCUCAGAGUCAAAUGAUGCAUCUGAUGCUAUGCCGCCUUACAAUUAUGGCAGUCUCAGUGUUGAACAAAAGAAAGAGUUUCUAGAAAUUACCAAGAAUAGCCUUGAAGUGCUAUCCAGCUUGUUGAACUCUGAAGCAGAGCCCGAAGUCAUUGAGGAUGAUCUGACAAUUAACAUGUUGGACAAGUGCAAGGAGUCACAGCCUGUUCUGCAAAGGAUAGUUCAAAGCACAAAUGAUGAUGAAAGCUUGCUCUUUGAAGCUCUAAACCUAAAUGAUGAGCUUCAGCAUGUCCUUUCAAAAUUUGAGGAAAUGCAAGUUUCAAGAAAACCCAACACCACGCAACAACCCGAGGAAUCUCAUUCUGUUGAUGCACAACAACCCCCUCCAAUGGUAGAAACCCCAGAUAUGAACAAAUCAACAGAAACCCAAAAAGUAGAAAAUGCAAAAUCUUCUGAGGAAUUGCAGAAGGAACCUCAUCCUGUUCCAAUGGUAGAAACCCCAGAUGUUUACAAAUCAACAGAAACCCUAAAAGUAGAAAAUGCAAAAUCUUCUGCUGCAAAUCUUCUCAACGAGAGCGGUGAAUCGAGCAGCGAUGAGAAGUGAGGUUUGUUAUGGUGGAGUGAACUUUGUUUCCUCCCCUCCUUUCCCUGCUUUUCUUCUCUCUUUAAAGUGAAUGAUGUAUGCUUAUUAUGGCUGCGUUUUCCAGUUGGCCAUGGUUGUAGUUGUUUCAAGAGUUCGGUUUUUUGUAUUUGUGUUUGUAUUCAUGUAUGAUGAUAGAAUAUUUUCUCCAUCCUAAAAUAACUAAUGUUAUAGCCCUUCUGUAAAUAAUGAUCUUGGCAACCUUGCUAUGUUUCUCGCA